UUCAUCCAACAUGAGGUUCUGCAGUGUCAGAAUGAGUGACAGCUCUCUCUCUCCUCUGUAGCUGAGCGUGUCACAAUCUAAUUGGCUGCUUCCUGCACACAUUGGGCCCCAGGGACCCCUAGAAGCAGGUACACAAGGAAUAGGUGCAAUUAUCAACAGAUGGGCCAGUCCCUAUGGGACAGUAAUCAGCUCUGAGAGAGGCAGGUAAAAAUCUGUUUCACUCUCACAGAACAAGUCACAAGGUAACAGACCUACUGAGCUUCAGACCCAGAGACUCCAAGCGGACUGUUCCCAAGGAACAAGCUCAUUGUUGAACACAGAGACUGUAGAUAGUGCCAGAACCAGAGGCAGAAGAAACUGCUGGAUCCUGAAGUGAACUGACUGACCCAGAGGAAAGAGGACAGUAGUCUCAGAUCCCAAGUCUCCUCGGUGAUGAUGAAGAUUGUGGCUGGGUUUCUGGUGCUGGGCCUUAUUCUGUGCCAGGCCGAGGGUGACUAUGUGCUGCCCAAGCCCAACUACAAUGAGGUGAAAGUGCCCCGCUUCCAGAAUGCCACCCUACCCUGCGAGUUCUCCUUCAUCGAGGGCACACAGGACAUGAGCUUCAUCUGGCUCCGGGAGGACAUCAUCGAGGAGAUUGAGGUGGAGGAUAUCUAUGCCUACAUCCAGCAGACGUUCGAGUUUAAGGAGCCCCAGGUGGUCUAUAGCUUCCAUGAUAACCACAAGGCGCUGGAGGACCAGAGUUACGCUUACCAGGAACGUGUCUCUGUGGAUAAGGAAGAGGUCGGUGAUGGAGUCCUGACCCUCUACAUGCACCGAGUGGACUACCAGGAUGAGGGUCUCUAUACCUGCAGAGCCAUCGGCCCCCAUGGCAAAGGGGAGAUUAAGCUCAAAGUGCUCAUACAAGAGGAGGAGGAGCCGCCCGUGGUGAUGGCGACAGAAGACAACGUUACAGUUGCAAAAUGUUAUUCUGCGGGUUGGUACAAGGUGCCCAUAGUAACUUGGUAUAACCGCAGGGAGGAAGAGAUAAGUGAGAACUCCACCAUCAUUGUACUGGAGGAGAAGGAAGAUGGCAGUCACCGUAUCUCCUCCACGCUGAGCAGUGUCAAAAGCCACGAGAUUUACCACUGCCACAUUCGAGAUGCAAAGAAAGCUCGGCGAGCCCGGACGGUGCACAGAAAGCUCAAAAAAGGGGCGCUAAGAGAAUAUGGCGAAUUCUGACAUCCCAGCGGGAAUUCUGAGACCCUGGAGCCCAAAGGCCAGAAAUAAUAAUGUCUCCUAAAGCAAAUUCCAGCCCACUCCUGCCUUACUGUGUGUCACCCUCCCAUCAGCCACUUACCCAUCAGCACACUGGCCAGGAAUGAGUUAAUGUAAGAAGGAAACAGUGACACUGCCCAGAUUACUUAUAAAGGGUCCAACCCCAUCACUUUGCCAAGAAAUCCCACUAUGUUUGAGGGCUCCUCCACUUAAACAGGUAACAGCUGUACCCUGUAUAACUGACCCAAACUGAUUCCUACUUUCAUUACCUGUGCAGUUGAGUCACAUUCCUAUAACAGACAAGUACUAUGCUGAACUGCACCGCGCCGGAACAAAUGUUUAUAUACGGAAACAAGUUCAUUCCACAGGUUCAUUAGAGAUUCCCAUCACUAAAAGAUGUAAAGUGAUAAUUAGUGUCACUACAAGGAAACACAAUAACUAUGUGAUCUCUUAAUUUGCCCUUAACUUACAGUAAAACAUGGUGGGAAAAACAUUUUCUUUAUAUUUAUAUUUGUGCAUAUGGGAUGGGGCUGCCAUAUGGUUUCCCCUCAGACCAGGGGUCCCCAACCUAUUAUAGCCAUGAGCCACAUUUAUAUGUUAAAAGAGUUGGGGAGCAACACAAGCAUAAAGAAGUCCUGCGGGUGCCAAACAAGGGUUGUGAUUGGCUGUUGGUAGCCCCUACAUGGACUGGCAGCUCCAAAAGGUUCUGUUUGGCAGUGUAACUGGUUUUCCUUACACCCAAAACUUGUCUCUAAACCAGGAAUUCAACAAUAAGCAGCUGCUUUUAGGCCACUGGGAGCAACAAGUUGUACCAGAGCCACUGGUUGGGGGUCACUGCAUUAAACACUACUAUUUGGGGUUAUAGCACCUUGUGUUAAUGUUAUUUCCAUUCUGCCUCCGGAGCAUAUUAAAGGGCAUAUUAAACAGGUGGUUCAAGUUAACUUUUGAUAUGUUAUAGAAUGGCCAGUUCUAAGCAACCUUUCAAUCGGUUUCAA